AUGGAUAAGGUCAAUUCUUCAGUGGUGUCUGAGUUUGUAUUGCUGGGACUCUCUAGUUCUCAGGAACUUCAGCUUUUCUUUUUUGUUUUCUUCUCUGUGCUGUAUGUGGUCAUUGUGCUGGGAAACCUUCUUAUUAUCCUCAUGGUGACUUUUGAUAACAGACUGCACUCCCCGAUGUACUUUCUCUUGGGAAACCUUUCCUUUGUGGACAUCUGUCAGGCUUCCUUUGCUACUCCUAAGAUGAUUGUUGAUUUUCUAAGUGAACACAAGACCAUCUCCUUCAGUGGCUGCAUAGCUCAGAUUUUCUUCAUUCACCUUUUUACUGGAGGGGAGAUGGUGCUGCUUGUCUCCAUGGCCUAUGACAGAUAUGUAGCCAUAUGCAAACCCCUACACUAUGUCAUCAUCAUGAGCCAAAGGACAUGCAUUGUACUGGUAAUGAUCUCCUGGGCUGUGGGCUUGGUGCACACACUCAGCCAGUUAUCAUUUACUGUGAAUCUGCCUUUUUGUGGACCCAAUGUAGUAGACAGCUUUUUUUGUGACCUUCCUCGAGUGGCCAAACUUGCCUGCCUGGACUCUUACAUCACUGAAAUACUCAUUGUGGUCAACAGUGGAAUCCUUUCACUAAGCACUUUCUCUCUCUUGGCCAGCUCUUACAUCAUUAGUCUUGCCACUGUCUGGUUUAAGUCUUCUGCUGCAAUGGCCAAGGCAUUUUCUACUCUAUCUGCCCAUAUCACUGUAGUAAUAUUAUUCUUUGGACCUUGCAUAUUCAUCUAUGUGUGGCCCUUUACCACCUACCCUGUGGAUAAAGUUCUUGCCAUAUUUUACACCAUUUUUACUCCCAUUCUAAACCCCAUUAUUUACACACUAAGGAACAGAGAUAUGAAGACUGCCAUGAGGAAAAUUAUGACGUAUUACUUGAGGCCCAAGAAAAUUUCUGAAAUGCCACUAGUACUGAGGAAUUCCCUUUAG